AUGGAUCGCUCAUUGUUUUUGUUGAUUUAUAGCCUUCGAGGUUGUCGCUCACCUAUUAUUAUCAGCUUAAUCUGGCAUGGACCUCUGCUCCCUGCUAGCCCUUUCUUUAUUCUCAACCAAGAGAAGCAACUUGAAGCUGCUGCGCAUAAGGAUGAGAUCUUUCAAACCUUUUUUGGCGGUCGAUAUGUCAUAUUUUUGAUGGGCGCAUUCUCAAUAUAUACCGGAUUCCUUUACAACGAUGUGUUCGCAAAAAGUGUGAACGUUUUUGGAUCAGGAUGGACGAAUUGCUACGACCUGAAUGAGAUUGAUAGGCUCAAGUAUGGCGAAGAGAAAACUCUCAUGCUCAUUCCGGAAUACGCUUAUGAUAGCGCCGGCGGCCCAUAUCCCAUUGGAGUUGAUCCGAUAUGGAAUUUAGCAGAGUCCAACAAAUUGAAUUUUCUGAAUUCAAUGAAAAUGAUUCUGUCUCAUUUGGACAUUAAGUUCAUGUUCAUACCGCAGAUGAUAUUUUUGGCCAGCAUCUUCAUUUAUCUUUGUCUGGAGCAAAUUCAUUGUCAAAUGGCUUUUCUUCACCGCAGGGCUUCCAUUUUUGGUUAUAAAUAUCCUGGUUCGAAUUGUGCACCAUCACUACUGAUCGGACUUAUCAACAUGUUCAUGUUCAAAACAUUGCCUUCUGGCUUUGUGGAUGAAGAGGGACGUCAGAAGUUCCAGUGCCACCUCAACUUCUGGUACCCCGGACAGGGUAUCGUCGAGCGGGUGCUGUUGGUGUUAGCGGUGGUGCAAGUGCCUCUGAUGCUUUUCGUCAAGCCUUUGAUUCUGCGCUACCGUAGUCGAGUGAAUGAUGCCCACUAUUUCACACUGCGCGAUGAGAGUGUGCGAGCGGACAUGAAUGGAGACGAUGCAGAGGUCGUUCAUUCGGAACCGAAAACUACUUCUGCCGUAGGUAGUGGCGGAGGUGAUCACGGACAUGGGGGAUCUGGAACUUUUGAAUUUGGCGAGGUGAUGGUAUACCAGGCAAUUCACACCAUUGAGUUUGUUCUUGGAUGUGUUUCGCACACUGCGUCAUAUCUUCGACUUUGGGCUCUUUCGCUAGCUCAUGCUCAGCUGUCGGAUGUCUUGUGGACAAUGGUGUUCCGUCAUUCGUUCCGUCUUGACGGCUACUAUGGAGCAGUGGCCACAUACGUUUUGUUCUUUGUUUUCGGCUCCUUAUCGAUUUUCAUUCUCGUGCUCAUGGAAGGUUUAUCAGCAUUUCUACACGCGCUUCGUCUUCACUGGUCGCGUUGCCAGCCAAAUUCUAUGGAGGCUUGGGUCACCUUUCACGCUUUCCCGUUUAGAAAAUCCUUGAAGGAAGAAAGAGAAGCGCAGAAUGCAUUAAUCAGGUGGUGUUUCCAUAGUUGGUAA